AUGUUAUUACAAGUUUCAGUCUUGUGUUUUUACAGAGUUAUUAAUUAUUUUUACAGGGAGGGGAGAAUUAUUAUUACACAAAGUGUCCUGAAGACAGAAACAAAUUCCAGAAUGUCCAGUCACACUGUGAACACAUCGAGGACAAUUGAGCCACAAGUACAGAAUAAGACUGACAGAGAUGAAUAUAUUGCCACAAUCUUGACCUAUGUUUCCGUUCCAGUUGUGAUUUUGGGACUACUUGGCAACGGGGCUGUUUUCCACAUACUCUGCUGCAAUAUAAAAAGGACAAAUUAUACUGUGUAUGUACUGAACCUGGCCAUAGCUGAUUUUACUGUACUUUUCUGUAACAUUACUUUUUCUGCUUUAAGUUUAAUGAUAUGGGGAAUGUUUGCUUUCGAUGAGUUCCUCUAUGAUGUACUUGAUAUCCUGUGGUUUUUUGGGUACAACAGCAGUUUUUUUCUCUUGACAGCCAUUAGUGUUGAGAGGUAUCUUGGUGUUUUCUACCCCUUUUGGUAUCAUUCUAAUCGUCCAAAACAUCUCUCAGCCAUACUCUGUACUCUUCUAUGGGUUACCUCCUGCUUGGUGAGUGUAGUAGAAUAUUUCACCUGCUGGUCAAGAUUUUACUUCUACAAAGAACAAUGUUACCCAAAUUAUAGUGCUGCCAGUAUAUUCCUUGUCACCAUUUCCCUGAUUUUUACACCAGUCAUGGUCCUUUGCAGUUUGAUGGUGUUUGUCAAAGUACAAAGAAAUUCACAGCCAUCAUCCUCAGCACGCUCGUACCGCACUAUUCUAGUCACCGUUGUGAUAUUCCUCAUCUUUGCUUUGCCAGAGAGGAUUGUGUGCCUGGUAGGGUACUGGCAUCCAGAAGCAAAAUUAAUAUGGGAUGUCAUUGAGGUUUCUUUUUUCCUCAACAUAGUCAACAGCAUGCUCAAUCCUUUUGUUUACUUUUUUGUUGGAAGGCAGAAAAAAACGAGACGCCAAGAACCCCUCUCUGUGGUGUUUCAGCGAUCCUGGAAUUACGUAGCACAAGAUCACACCAACAACACAGGGGAGGCCUGA